UACGCUUGGGGGCUGAAAUGACCUAGUUGUUGAUUGUUCCUGGAGCACAACCUUAGUGGCUGGAUGGAUAAAGACUGGUUUGACCCUGUACUGCCCUCUCCCAGGCAGGAAGAUUGCCGAGGUCUGUCAGUAAUUUACUGUAACUUACAUAAGCUGGAAUUGCUAGUCGACCGCAAGAAGUUAUAUGUUCAACUCUCUACAUAUGUGCAAUAUGUACAUACUUGCGCAGAUUUGAGCAUAUAUAAAACAUGGCACCGAAGAAAAAAGGAAAAGUAAAUAAACUUGCUCGGAUGUCCGAGGAAGAAAAGUUGAGAUAUCUUCAACACCGUGCAGCUGUCGAAGAAGAGGCAAAAAGAAGAAAAGAACACAUUAUUUCUUCUUACAUGAAAAAUAAAUUGAAACGUGAAGAAGCAUUUACAAGGCUGAAUACAGCAAAGAUAAACCAGCAGUGGCGACAGACAUUAAGGCAAAUCAAAAAUAAAGAACUACACGAUGCUACUGAGACAUUGAGACAAGUAUUCGAGAUUGCAUUGAAAACUAAGAAUAAGAUCAUUGAAAAUCUUAUUACAGACUUGGACAGCUCAAUAAAACUUCAUAACCUCGCUGUGAAAACACAUUUGAUAGCGAUUGAUAAAAUUUUAGGAAUACGCAUGGGAAGAAUGGAGACGAUUUCUUUGAACUACAGCAAUUCGCACAUACAAAAGAUGGCUCAGGCUACUUCAGAAAGGGACAGACUUGAAAGUACUUUUGAUGAAGACAAAGAUAAACUACAGACGAUGAUACACUGGGAAGAAGUGUGCAACAACGAGAAAAAUAAAAAUUUGAAGAAAAAAUCUCUCAAUUACAAAAAUGACAUAAUGCACCAAUUGAUGAGUGAAACGAGAGAAUUUGAAAUUCAAGGGAAACUGCAAAUGAAAGACAUGAAGAAAGAAGUUCAAAAUGUUGUAGGCGAAUACCACAAGAAAUUUGCACCGUUCAAAGCCCAUUACAAUGAACUUCUUGAAAAUGAUAAAAUCAGUAUUAACAAUUACAAAGAGAACUGCAAAAUAAUUGAAGAUCACAAAAAAAUGAUAACAAAAGUUAAAAAGGAAAUUGAAGCAAAUGAAAAAACAAACCAGUCAGAAAUCAAGAGACUUGAAUUGGAGAUAAAAGAAGUUAAAAUGGAAUAUAUUAAUAUUAAAAAAGAGUUUGGAAAGAAGGAGAACGAAUUUCAAAACAUGCUGAACCAUUUAUCCAUCCACAGUAAUUCAACAAUAAAUUAUUUUAAGGACUUGGAAAAAGUUGUUGAUUCUAUAAAUCAUUAUUUGGAUCUUUGUAAAAGAUAUAUGUAUAGUCAUGAACACAACGUUCCAAUGGCCUCUACGGCUGUACAAUGCGAUGAGGUGCCUCUCAUUGAGUUGACACAUUUCUGGAAGAUAUUCGGAGAAUUGCAAGUCGAAGUGACGAACCUCGAAGCGUUUUAUAGCAAUUACCUCGAGGAGAACAAUUAUCUUAAGAGGCUUGUAGAGCAAUAUAUGAAUACGGUGGCCAGACCUAAUACUGUCCCUAGUAUGCCUCGUACGAGCCAGGAAAUGCCAAAAGUCAGAGCAAAAUCUAGCAGUAAAUUGUAUCGAUCAAGUGUGACACCUACAUUUACCUAAUGGUUGUAUUGUAUAAAUUUUAUUGUAAUAUUCAGCAAAUAUCUUUCCUACAUCAUUCGAUUGCUUUUUGUACUACAAUUUCAAUAUUAUAAUUAUUGAUUAAUCUUAAAAAUUAAAACAUUUGCUUUUUAAAUAUGGAAAUAAAAACAAUUUUUAUUGAUUUUUUUUCAUAGUUCAUACAUAAUAUUACUAGUCUAUUCAUUUUUCUUAUUACGUACUAUAUUGUAUGUACUGUAAUAAAUUAUAAAUAUUUCAUUUUAGUUAACAACAAUUUAAGCCCUUUGUAGUUCAUACUCAUUGUAAUUGUUACUUUUCCCUUUUUCUUUUCUUUUAGGAUUAUAAAGUUGGUAUAUGCUUUUUCGUAGUUAUUUCUUGUAAAUAUUAUGUAAUGAGUUUAGAAGCCUUGGAAUUAUUUUUGAUGAUCUUGUAGUUUGAUCGUUGGUUUUGGCAUGGUAGUAAGGAUAUAAGUAAGGAAAGGCAGCCCAGCAGUGAAUAUGACUAGAAUCCACAAUGCAUCUGACAGUCCAAAACAGCAAGGGUAACCAGACAUAACGAUCUGAAAAAGCCAAACUAUAUUAAAAAUUGUGAUCACUGUUUAAAUGUCAUGUCAGCCCCAACUUUGUCUCGCAUUCACACUCUCACUCACUCUUAAAUGCAUUUUUCCUAUUUAUAUACCAUUCGUACAGUUAGAUUAGUAAAGUACUUGAUAUUCCUCCAUCAAUCUUUACAACUAUUGUAUUACUAACCUUGGAUUGUUGGGGUACUCUAUAUUGUUUCUCUCUCAGACUACACAUUCACAACAAUAAAUACAUUUACUCCGAAGACACAAAACGGUCUGUACUGUAUACAAUAAAACAACCCUAUUUACUCCAUGAAUUGAACAGGGGACAAAUGCUCGCUGCCCUGCUUAAUCACACUUUUUAUAUCAUCAUUUCGCUCUCUAUAUGGAGCCAAAGGAAUGGGCAUCCCUUCAAUAAGUGGGGUUACAUCAACCGACCUUUCUCUACAUGUCAGACACAUAUGCAGGCUUUGGUCAAAAGUAAGUGUCCAUUGGUGACCUCACACGACCUAUUUUUGAGGUGAGAAUGAUCCCUCUGAAGCGUUAACAUAUUACAGGCCAAAAUGUCCAGUAAUCAAUUUUAAUUUAUUGUAAAUUUUGAAAUCCUGAUUAACUGAUUGUAUGUAAAUCAUUUUGUAAAUUUAGAUUUCUUAACUGUUUUUUGGAAUUAUAUUGGCCAGUUCCCUGUCUGUUUUCACUCCUUAUUUAUUCCCACCUCUUAUCUACUCUUCAUUAUAAUAUAUAUUUUUUUCUUAGGCUUAACAGUAUAGUUUCUUUAUUUCCUUACUAAGAAAAAUAAGCAGAUCUAUAAAAUCCUAAAUAUAAUUUAUUCUUGUUGAUUACAUCAUUUUCUUUGCAGUCACUCGUUAAGAUUUUGGAUCAAUAAUGCAUUUUUAUCAUGUUUUUAAUGGUAAGGAUUGGAAUUUUGCCCUUAAUUUCAACUUUAAUAGUAAGUUUUUUUAUAUAAUUUUUUUUUAAUUACAUAAAACCAAUUUAUUUUCUGGACUUUUUUGAAAUUAUCAUAACUCACAGUGGUGCACCAACCAUCUAUUUUGGGUUCUUCUUUGUUUAUUGUCUUGAUUGAGAAGAAAGAAUAACAAAUAAUUAAAUAUUUAGCCUUUUGUACAAAUUUAGUUAAUAUGUGUGAGGAAUAUAAAAAUACUUUUUUCUUUGUAAAACCAACAGUUUAUCAAUGAGCAAGCAUCAGAAUUAAUUUGUUCUAAUUCUUUUUUUAAUAAAAAAAAAAAAAAAAA